ACAAGAAGAACAGAGCACUCUUGCUCUUGUUUUUUCCUCUGUUUUUCAACACCUCCAACGUUGCCCUUCUUCUUCUUCUUCUCUCUUCUUAAUAAUCAAAACUAGCCGUUAAUAUCAAACAAAAACUUCACCAUUUCCUACUCACUUCUCACCUCUUUUUCAUCACAUCAUUCAUUCAUUCAUUCAUUCACUCUCCUUAGUUUCCACAAUUCUUAUGGAUGAAUCCAUUCUCCUUCUCUACUUAUCUUUGUUUCUCUUCAUCUCUAGCACAACCUCAACCAGAGCUUACAAUGAACUAGUUUUGUCUAAAGCUGAUUACCAAGGCUUGCAAGCAUUCAAAGCCACACUCAUUGAUACUAGAGGAGUUUUGAACACUUGGAAUGGCACUAGAAACAAUGCCUGUUCUGGUGGUUGGAUUGGCAUCAAGUGUGUGCUUGGUAGAGUCAUUGCUAUCCAACUCCCGGGGAAACAAUUGGCCGGUAGCCUCUCGGAGAGUAUUCGGCAACUCACUGCUUUAAGGAAGCUUAGUCUGCAUGAUAACUCCAUCACUGGACUUAUUCCUUCUGCUUUGGGCUCUCUUCCUCGUCUUCGAGGCCUUUAUCUAUUCAAAAAUCGGUUUUCCGGCCAAAUACCGGCGUCUCUCGGGCAAUGCCGGAUGCUUGUCAAUCUAGACUUGAGUCACAACUCGCUCACUGGUGAAAUUCCUUCUACUUUGAACUCUACUAGUCUUUACAGGCUUAAUCUUAGCAACAACAAGCUCUCUGGUACUAUCCCAGUUGCUCUCACUCUUUCUACAUCUCUAAAUUUUGUUUAUCUUGAUCACAAUAAACUCUCUGGAAGCAUUCCUAAAUCAUUUGGCAAUUUGAGCAUGCUUAAAGAAGUGUUUCUCAAUGAUAAUUUGUUCUCUGGAAACAUACCUGAAGAACUCGGUAACCUUUCGGUUCUUCGAACAUUGGACUUCUCUUCUAACUCCAUUGGUGGAACAUUGCCCAUUUCUCUCUGCAAUCUUUCAUCUUUAGUCUUCUUGAAUCUUGGGAGAAACAUGAUUGAUAAUGCCAUCCCUGAAUCCAUUGAUGGACUUAAGAAGCUCUCUGUUCUUUCACUGAAGAGCAAUAGAUUCAGAGGAGAAAUACCAGAAACUUUAGGGAACCUUAGUAAAUUAUCACUGCUUGAUUUGUCUGAAAACAAAUUCAUUGGAGUGAUUCCUGAGUCAUUUAAUCUUCUAACAAAACUCACUUCAUUCAAUGUAUCUGAUAACAAUCUCUCUGGUUCUGUUCCUCUGGUUCUUGCUCAAAAAUUCAAUGCAAGUUCAUUCAGAGGAAACAUUCAACUUUGUGGUUAUCCUACUUCAGCUCCAUGUCCUUCUUCUCCUUCGCCUUCUUUUCCGGUGAAACCUGGUCAUCGGCGAAGAUUGAGUACUAGAGAUAUAAUUCUUAUUGCAUCAGGAGCUGUCAUUGGAUUUCUUCUUCUUCUCUGCUGUCUUCUUCUCUUUUGUUUGUCCAGGAAAAGGAGUACUGCUACUGCUCAAACGACAAGAACCUCAGCGAAAACUGAAACCGAAGCAGGGGAAGACACAGGAGGGAAACUGGUGCACUUCGAUGGGCCUUUAGUGUUCACCGCCGAUGAACUUUUAUGCGCAACAGCAGAGAUAAUAGGGAAGAACUCUUAUGGAACAGUUUACAAGGCUACUUUGGAAGAUGGCAAUGAAGUUGCAGUGAAGAGAUUAAGGGAGAGGAUUGUAAAGAACACGAAAGAAUUUGAAACAGAAGUUAGUACAUUAGGCAAAGUUCGACAUCCAAAUCUCGUCGCUCUUCGUGCUUACUACUUAGGACCGAAAGGAGAGAAACUACUAGCACUUGACUUCAUGCCUAAAGGCAGCCUUUCUGCUUUUCUUCAUGCUCGAGGGCCUGAUCAACAUGUUGGUUGGAGAACAAGGAUCAACAUAGCAAUCGGAAUUGCCCGUGGAUUGAAUUAUCUUCACAAUGAGUUAGACAUGGUUCAUGGACAGUUAACAAGCAGUAAUGUUUUGUUGGAUGAGAACUUCAAUGCAAGGAUCUCUGAUUAUGGUUUAUCUAACCUUGUGAAUGCUAAUGUGAGUUCUAGUGCCAUAGUUACGACCGUCAGUGAGCUUGGUUACAGAGCACCGGAGCUAUCUAAGCUCAAAAAAGGCGAACCAAAAUCAGAUGUUUAUAGUUUCGGAGUGAUCAUGCUUGAACUCUUGACCUGUAAACCGCCCGGGGAGACGAUAAAUGGCCUAGACUUGCCACAAUGGGUUGCUUCGGUCAUGAGUGAGGACCGAAUCAGUGAGUUAUUCGAUGUCGAAUUGAACAGAGAGAAUGUUGGUGAUGAAUUACUUAGCUGUUUGAACUUGGCAUUGCAUUGUGUCGAUCCCUCACCAGAGGCCCGGCCGGAGAUGUCACAAGUUCUGCAACGUUUGGAGGUGAUCAGGCCUGAGUUGGUUGCAAUUGAACAAGAAUCUACAAGUAAUGACUAGAUUUGUUAUUCUUCUUCUUUGUAUUGUUUGUAAACAAAUCAUUGGUUGAUACAAGUGAAUUUCAAUUGUUUUCUAGUUAAGAUGUAGCCAUUGUUUUGAUUAAAUUUUAGUUAGACUGAUAAUAACAUGUUCUUCGAGUUUGAAGUUAUAUUAUUUUUUUCUGUGAUUGUUCAU